UUAAACUUCACCCCAUUCUAAAUCACAUAAUGCGCGCUGCACGUUACUACGGUCCCGGCGACGUUCGCGUCGAGGAGGUACCUGAGCCUCAGCUGAAGCGAGGCCAAGUGAAGUUGAAGCUCGCCUGGUGCGGUAUCUGUGGAUCUGACCUUCACGCGUACCAUGCUCCUCUUCCGGCCACCACUUGCCCCACCUUGGACGAGCCGCAUUACGUUACGGGAGAAACUCUUCCCAUUACUCUAGGUCAUGAGUUCUCCGGAACUGUCGUCGAAGUAGGUCCCGGUGUCGACAACCACAAGCUCAAGAAAGGCCAGAAGGUCGCGGUUGAGCCUCUCCUGUCUUGCAAGGAGAAGAGCUGCGGACCCUGCGCUGGCGGGUACAGGAACGCCUGCCCGCAUGUUAGCUUCCUCGGUAUUGCUGGCUGGGGCGGAGGCCUUUCCGAGUACAUCUCUGUUGACCAAGACUUGGUCUAUCCUCUGCCGGAUCAUAUCUCUCUCGAGAUUGGCGCGAUGAUAGAGCCGCUCUCGGUUGCCUGGCAUGCCGUGAAGCGGUCCGCCUUCAAGCCCGGGGAUAAGUGUCUUGUCAUGGGCUCAGGUCCUAUCGGCAUGAUGGUCCUAAAGGUACUUCAGGCCCGCGGCGCUUCCUGGGUCGGCGUCUCCGAGCCGUCUACUGAGCGCCGCAAGAUGGCACAGCAGCAUCAGGCCUCGCAGGUGUUCAAUCCGCGCUCCGAGGAUGUCGUUGCUGGCACCUUCAAAGCUACCGACAAUCAAGGCGCCGAUGUCGUCUUCGACUGUGCCGGCAUUCAGGCGUCGCUCGACCUCGCCAUCAAGGCUGUGCGCCCCCGUGGCAAUAUCAUGGACAUCGCUCUGUGGGACGACCCUGCUACCAUUCAUAUGAACAACAUUCUGUUCAAAGAGAUUUCUAUCACCGGUAUCAUUGGCUAUGAUCGCGUCCAUCAGGAGGUCGUCGACGCUCUGGCUGAGGGCAAGUUUGAGGGCCUCGAGAAACUGAUCACGAGGAAGAUAUCACUCGAUGAGGUUGUCGAGAAAGGUAUUAAGGCUCUCAUGGCCGAGAAAGAUACUCAGAUCAAGAUCCUUGUGCAUCCUUGA